GGGGGCGGCAGACGAAGGGAGGCGACGUGGGCACGCGGAUGGCGGCAAUCGUACGCGGGGUGCUGGGCGUCGCUGCGGAGGACUUCUCGCCGGAGACGCCGUUCACAGCGUAUGGCGUUAGCUCGCUGUCCGCACCUUGUCGUACCAGUAUAACUUGUCGUACCAGCGCGCGUCGUGUCUGUAUGUACCUGCACUUGUUGGGCAAACGUGCGCCGGGGCUGUCUCUGUCGUGUCACGGCACUAGGCUCCAUCCACUGACUCGCUGGCCCUGCUGGACGCAGCCCAUGUUCCUCCCUGCAUCUUAACCUUUCGCUAAGAGCGUCGCUGGGGCUUGUUGCAGUUGCGUACAGCGCGAUCUUGGUCGACUCAUUGGUCCGAUGUACGCGCCGUCUCUCGCGAACAGGUCCACCUGUGUGUACUGGAGGUCAGCGGCGGGCAAGCGAGAGCGAAGCAGAGUCUCAGUCACUGAGGGAGGAGGGGACUCGAGAGGCGAGAGAAAGUCCGGCGAGCGCGCGUGACGUGUCGUGGCUGAAGCGCUUAGCACUUCUCACGACAAGCCAUAUUCUCUGCCCCUCCCC